CAAAUUACUGCAGACAUUUUAGGACAAAUUUGGACAGUUGGGUUUCACUCAAAUUUUUAUUUUAUGUCUCUCUGAUUGAGAGAGACUGAAUCCAACAGAAACACCUUCCCAAAACGCUGCGUUUCAUCUCCUCAUUCCGAUUCACAACCCAACCCUAACCCUAACCCUAACCUUUAUCCGGUGAAACCAAUCGUAUCCAUAGAUUCAUUGGUUCCACUCCUUUUUGAAUUUUUUUUAUUGUAUCGAUGCCGUCUCAAGCGGAUCUAGACCGGCAAAUCGAGCACCUGAUGGAGUGCAAGCCUCUGACGGAAGCGGAGGUGAAGGCGCUUUGCGAUCAAGCAAGGGCGAUUCUGGUUGAAGAGUGGAACGUGCAGCCUGUGAAGUGUCCUGUCACCGUUUGCGGCGAUAUUCACGGCCAGUUUUAUGAUCUUAUUGAAUUGUUUCGUAUUGGUGGAAAUGCUCCUCAUACUAAUUACCUCUUUAUGGGUGAUUAUGUAGAUCGUGGAUACUAUUCUGUGGAGACUGUUUCACUUCUGGUGGCCUUGAAAGUUCGUUACAGAGAUAGAAUUACAAUUCUCAGAGGAAACCAUGAAAGCCGUCAAAUUACUCAAGUGUACGGCUUCUACGAUGAAUGCUUGAGAAAAUACGGAAAUGCCAAUGUCUGGAAAUUCUUUACCGACUUGUUUGAUUAUUUACCUCUUACUGCCCUCAUUGAGAGUCAGGUUUUCUGCUUGCAUGGAGGUCUCUCACCUUCAUUGGAUACACUGGAUAACAUCAGAGCAUUGGAUCGUAUUCAAGAGGUUCCACACGAAGGACCAAUGUGUGAUCUCUUGUGGUCGGAUCCUGAUGAUCGCUGUGGGUGGGGAAUAUCCCCACGUGGUGCUGGAUACACAUUUGGGCAGGAUAUAGCUUCUCAGUUCAAUCAUACCAAUGGCCUCUCUCUCAUAUCUAGAGCUCACCAGCUUGUUAUGGAAGGAUACAAUUGGGCUCAGGAGAAGAACGUGGUCACUGUAUUUAGUGCUCCAAAUUACUGUUACCGAUGUGGGAAUAUGGCUGCCAUACUGGAAAUUGGAGAAAAUAUGGAUCAGAAUUUUCUUCAAUUUGAUCCAGCCCCCAGGCAAAUUGAGCCCGACACUACACGCAAGACUCCAGAUUAUUUUUUAUAAUAACUUCAUAUAUCUUCCCAUUUGUAGUUACUGCUUUCUACAAUUACCGUAGAUGUGUUUUUAAGGAAAGAGGAAUUUCACCGUUUAAUUGAAGACUGGUCAUCAAAACAUGAUUCUUUCUUUUGGAGUUCUCUUGCCGCUGCUCAUACCUUAUCUGCCAGAAACUAAUUGAACUGAUCCAAGCCACCAAUUGGUGUUGUAUAUUUUUAGAGGGGGAAGCGGCAAUAACAUGAUUGGUAUAUUUUGUUUUGCAAUUUGUUUUUUUUUUUUUUAACUAUUUCACAAGUUAGAGAGCAGAAUUUUUUGUUCGCGACAAUGAUGUUCAUUUGAAACUUUUGAUGGUGCCAAAUGGAAGUGCAGGUGUUCAUUUAAAUCAUGGUAGAUGGUUGGUUGAGUAGGGAUGGUAAAUUGAUAUUUAAGAAAGAAAAUCGUUUUAAAUUUGUGAAUCAAUUGCCCUUAGGUUGAACUGGCGCUUAUUUUGUCGUUGAUUUUCCACUAUGUUCAGUUCUAAUUCGUUUGGUAA